AUGUCAUAUCCCAUUGAUAAUUUGAUGGAUAUAUCAUUUCCUGAAGAAUUGUUCCCACAAUCUACUUUUAGUCGUUCUUUAUUAGACAUUGUUUCUUAUGAUUUAACCGAAGAUGAAUUGAAAAAAAAUGAACUGGAAGAAAAUCAUCAAACCAAUGUUACAACAUCAAUAUCAAUAAAUCCAAAUCCAUCAUCAUUAUCUUCAUCAUCAUCAUUAUCAUCAUCUUCAUCUUCUUCAUGUUGUUGUUCUUCAUCAUCAUUAUCAUUUCAAAAUGAAUUGAUACAUUUAUUACAUGAAUAUUCCGAGAAUACAACCACCAUUUCCCCUUCUAGUGCAACAGUAUCUCCCAAAACUUAUAUGAAUGGAUAUAUAAAGUUUGUCAUGGAAUCAGCAAAUAAUUCAUUAGAACCAAUUGAUACUAUUGAUACAACCACUGAACUUACUCAUGAAGAAGUUAUUGAACUUUUCGAAGAAGCAUGUAAAGAAAUUGAUGAAUGGAAACCUGAUGAACAAAAUGACAAUUCUAAUGGUAGCAAUAACAACAACAACAAUAAUAAUAAUAAUAAUAAUGAUCAAAUUCUUAUGAAUGAUAUUACCAAUUCUAAUUCUAAUUGUGUCAACAACGAUAAUAGCAACAACAACAAUAACAAUGUCAAUAGUGAAAAUAUUGUUCUGAUACUUCCUCAAUCUUCUUCAACUCUUGAUCCAUGGAACACAAUUGAUUUCACAUCAAAAUUCUCAGUAUCCCAUGUGACUGAAAACCGAUCAUGUUCGGUUGAUUCAACAAAAUCAGAUGUACAACUGCAAUUAUCUUUAAAUUAUCCUUUGAAAAACCUAUCCAAUUCCAAUUCCAAUUCCAAUUCCAAUUCCAAUUUAAAUUCUAAUUUAAAUUCUAAUUUAAAUUCCAAUUUAAAUUCUAAUUUAAACUCACCAAUUGAUAUUAGCGGUGGUAGUGGUAGUGGUAAUGUUAGUGGUAAUGUUAGCCUCAAUAGUAGUAAAACAUCUUCACCUCGGAAACGGAAACUUGAUAACAAAAAUUUCUAUAAAGUAUCAAAAAUAGAUUUUUCCAAAUUAGAUAUUAUUUCUAUUCCUGAUUAUGAAUAUUCAUCACAAUUAUCAAAUCAUUCAUUUCGAGUACCUAAUGCUUAUCAAUGUUUAGUAUUGGAAGAAAAAUUAAUUGAACCCAUUAAUAAUUCUUUUACUUGUCAAGUUCAAAGAACUUUAUAUACUAGAGAUGGAUUAGAUAAAUUAGCUGGAAUUUAUUUCCAAGGAAAUUAUGAAAUUUCUAUUAAUCCUAAUUUUAAAAAAACUUCUUAUGAAGCUCAAUAUAUUUUAACUAAAUUAGAUAAAUCAAGAAAACCUGAUAAUACUACUAGAGCUGGAUUAUGUCCUUAUUGUGAAACCAUUGAAUUUUUUGGACUUAAAAAUUCUUCAUAUGGUAAUCAUUUAGCUUAUAAACAUGGGAUUUUAACUAAUGGAUGUUCAGUACCUGAUCCUAAAUAUUAUGGGAAAUAUAAAUUUAAAAAGGGAGAAUAUGAUGAACCAGAAAAGAAAAAAAGAAGAACUAAUGCUCAUAUAUUAGAAAGAGAAGGAGUAUUAUGUACAAAUUGUUGGCAAAUUCUUGAAGUAAAUUGUACUUCAAGAAGUUCAGUUUUGGGUCAUUAUCUUCGUCAUUAUCGAGAUUCUCAUGUUGGUAAUAAAAAAGAAAUUAAAAUUGAUGAUGAAGAUCCUUUAGCAGGAUUUGAUCCAAUUGUAUUUGAAUUCACCAAUAAAUGGAAAUUAUAA